AUGGAUGAACAUGAACCCACAAGACCAAAAGCAAUUUCCAAGAAACCAAGAUAUUCAAGAUUCACACAACAAGAGCUUCCUGCAUGGAAACCAAUCUUAACUCCGGGAUGGGUAAUUGCGUCAUUUGUAACCGUUGCCAUCAUGUUCAUCCCCACCGGCCUUCUAUGCUUAUCAGCAUCCGAACGCGUUGUAGAAAUCGUGGAUCGUUAUGACGAUGAUUGUCUCCCGGAUUCAUUCCGCACAAAUCCAGAUUCAUUUAUUCAAAACAACAAAUCAAACAAAACAUGUAUCCGCACAUUGAAAGUGCCACGAAAAAUGACCGCACCUAUCUUUAUUUACUACGAACUCGAUAACUUUUACCAAAACCAUCGUCGAUAUGUGAAAAGUAGAAGUGACAAACAAUUGCGGGACCCUGGAGCUGCAGAGGAAACGAAAGAUUGUAUGCCAGAAGACAUAGUAGGCGGGGACAAUGAUGCGCCUAUUGUUCCUUGUGGAUUGGUCGCGUGGAGUUUGUUUAAUGAUACGUACACAUUCUCAAAAGCGAACAAAGUUGUAGAUAUCGAUAAAAAGGACAUCGCGUGGAAAAGUGAUACACGGGUUAAAUUCGGGUCGAACGUGUACCCGAAAAACUUUCAAAAGGGAGAGUUGAUUGGGGGUGGAGUACUAGACGAAUCAAAACCCUUGAGCGAGCAAGAAGAUCUAAUUGUGUGGAUGAGGACUGCGGCGUUGCCUAAUUUCAGAAAGCUUUACGGGAAAAUAAACAUGGAUUUGGAGGCAAAUGAGACGAUAACGGUUGUGAUACAGAAUAACUACAAUACGUAUGAUUUUGGAGGAGAAAAGAAGAUUAUACUUUCGACUGCGAGUUGGAUUGGUGGGAAAAACGAUUUCUUUGGUAUAGCGUUUCUUACGAUUGGUGGGAUUUGUUUAUUUAUGGCGAUUAAUUUCAUAUUUUUAUAUGUUUUUAAACCGAGGCCUCUUGGAGACCCAACAUAUUUGUCGUGGAAUAGAAAUCCAAAUGCACAAUGA